CUCCCGCAGACCACCCACCGACAUACUUAUUUCUUCUCUUAUUUCUCUCUAUAUCCCUCUAUCUGAAUCAUGGCUGGCGUUAUCCCAUCGAUGCAAAGCGAGAAUCAUGAACUCAAGGAUAACACGGUCAUCAUCGUGUUCGGUGCCUCCGGCGAUCUCGCAAAGAAAAAGACUUUCCCGGCUCUAUUCGGUCUCUAUCGCGAUGGUUUCCUCCCAAGAGACGUCAAAAUAGUAGGCUAUGCGCGCACAAAGAUGGACGAGGCAGAAUUCCACAAACGCGCAACAUCGUACAUCAAGAACGCAGACAACAACGAGGAGAUCUCCAAGAAGAUAGACGAAUUCAAGAAACUCAGCACCUACGUCUCCGGUGGUUACGAGGACGAUGCAUCUUUCCAAAAUCUCGAGAAGCACAUCGCGCAGAUCGAGUCUGGCUACGAAGGAGAGGAGCGCCAUCGUCUCUUCUACCUCGCACUCCCACCAUCCGUCUUCAUCCCCGUCGCUGCUCACUGCAAGAAAAACUGUUAUAGCAAGAAGGGCAUCAACCGCAUCAUCGUCGAGAAGCCUUUCGGAAAGGACCUCGAGUCGUGCAGAGAGCUUCUCAGCGCACUCAAGGAGCACUGGACCGAGGAUGAGACGUUCCGUAUCGAUCACUACCUUGGGAAGGAGAUGGUCAAGAACUUGCUCGUCCUCCGUUUCGCUAAUGUGGCUAUGGGUGCUGCUUGGGACAAGAACUCCGUCAGCAACGUCCAGAUCACGUUCAAGGAGCCUUUCGGAACAGAAGGUCGUGGUGGUUACUUCGAUGAGUUUGGUAUGAUCCGUGAUGUCUUGCAGAACCAUCUUUUGCAGGUUUUGAGUAUCUUGACUAUGGAGCGACCUGUCUCCUUCUCUGCAGAGGACAUUCGUGACGAGAAGGUCAAAGUUCUCCGCGCGAUCCCGCCAAUCGAGCGUUCGGAUACGCUUUUGGGCCAAUAUGUCGCCGCCAACGGCAAGCCCGGAUACCUCGACGACGACACGGUCCCGCACAACUCCGUAUGCCCUACGUUCGCUGCCACCACGCUCUGGAUUCACAACCCACGGUGGGAGGGUGUGCCUUUCAUUCUCAAGGCUGGAAAGGCCUUGAACGAGGCGAAGGUCGAGGUUCGCAUGCAGUUCAAGGAUGUCACCCAGGGCAUCUUCAAAGACAUCUCCCGCAACGAACUCGUCCUCCGCAUCCAACCCUCCGAAGCCGUCUACCUCAAACUCAAUACCAAGACUCCCGGACUUUAUACCCGCGCGCUCCCGACAGAGAUGGACCUGACUUACAAGAGACGGUUCACCGAGACGAAGAUCCCAGAGGCAUACGAAGCCCUCAUCCUCGACGCCCUCAAGGGUGAUCACUCCAACUUUGUUCGUGACGAUGAGCUCGAUGUUGCUUGGAAGAUCUUCACGCCCAUCCUGCACUGGAUCGAUGGCAAGAGCGGACAACGUCCCAAGCCUGUGCCAUACCCUUACGGCUCACGGGGACCCAAAGAGCUCGAUGCUUUCGCUGCCAAGUAUGGCUACAAGCGGUCAUCUGAGGGAUACUCUUGGCCAGUGACGAACAUGGCUGCUCUUUAA